AUGCCUGCAACUAAUACUGCCUCAUUUAAUGAUACUUUUAAAGUAUCGGACAACAUCGCCAUUGUGGUCCCUGAAACCAACAUACAAGUGACCUACCGAGACCUCUCUCACAUGGUUGGUCAUUUCCAGAAUGUAUUCAACGAUCCUCAAUGUCCCCUGUACGAUGCUGUUCAAAGACAAAGUACCGUGGCCAUUUCCAUCCCUAAUGGGUUAGAAUUUGUCGUUGCUUUUUUAAGUGCCACUAUGGAUUCCAAGAUUGCUGCUCCUUUGAACCCUAAUUAUAAAGAGAAGGAAUUCAAUUUCUACUUGAAUGAUUUGAAAUCCAAAGUGAUUUGUGUUCCUCAAGGUACAACAAAAAAAUUCAAUGCUGAAAUUAUGAAAUCUGCCAAGACAUUCAAUUGUUUCGUUGCUGAAUUGUAUUUUAAUAGGGAAAGGUUUAGAAUUGAAUGUGAUAUCUUCUCUCCAAAGGAUAACUAUAAGAAACAAAUCUAUACCUCUUUAAACAAUCCCAAAUAUAUUAAUAACAAUCCAACUCGUUUCCCUGGAUUUUCUCGCUCCAGUGAUAUUGCCUUAAUAUUACACACUAGUGGUACUACAUCUGCUCCCAAGACAGUACCAUUAUUGCAUUUGAACAUUGUUCGUUCCACACUAAACAUUGCAGAGACUUAUAAGCUAACUUCGAAGGACCGUUCGUACAUUGUCAUGCCCUUAUUCCAUGUCCAUGGGUUAAUUGGUGUUUUACUUUCCACCUUCCGUACACAGGGGUCUGUAGUGAUCCCAUCACGUUUCUCACCAAAGACUUUCUGGGAUCAAUACAUUACCUAUCAUUGUGAUUGGUUCAGUUGUGUCCCCACUAUAAGUAUGAUCAUGUUGAAUGCUCCCAGACCUUCGCCAAUGCCAUACAUCCGUUUCAUUAGAUCCUGCUCUUCAUCAUUGGCUCCCUCUACAUUCCAUGAAUUGGAAAAGGAAUUCCAAACGCCUGUGUUGGAAGCCUACGCCAUGACUGAGGCAGCACACCAAAUGACUUCGAACAACUUACCACCGGGGAAGAGGAAGCCAGGUACUGUGGGACAACCUCAAGGUGUCCAAGUGGUCAUCCUGGAUGAUGCUGACAAUGUAUUGAAACAGGGACAGAUCGGUGAGGUUUCCAUCAGAGGUGAAAAUGUCACUUUGGGUUAUAAGAAUAACGAUAAGGCCAACAAGGAGAAUUUCACUAAGAGGGAGAAUUUCUUCAGAACUGGUGAUCAGGGCUACUUCGACCCUGAAGGGUUUUUGGUUCUCACGGGGAGAAUUAAAGAAUUGAUUAAUAGAGGUGGUGAGAAGAUCUCUCCCAUUGAACUGGACGGUAUUAUGCUAUCCAAUCCCAAAGUGGACGAAGCAGUCAGUUUUGGUGUUGCCGACCCUAUGUAUGGCCAAAUAGUACAAGCUGCUGUAGUGUUGAAACCAGGUGAAAAGACCAACUACGAGGAGUUCAUCAAGUUCAUGGAACCCAAAGUGGCCAAGUUCAAACUACCCGUCAAGGUCUACUUUGUGAAUAAACUGCCCAAGACCGCCACGGGUAAGAUCCAGAGAAGAAUCAUUGCAGACACGUUUGCCAGGGCCUCCAAGAACAAGAGUAAGUUGUGA